ACAUAGGUUGGUGUACUGUUAAGUCUUUCACAACAAAACAAUUUUGUCAGUUACAUAAAUAGAUUUCAUCGUGCCUGACAGACUUUUUAAUAAAGUUGUAUGUAACAUUUGCAAAAUUUGAACAGCUGGAAACAUUUGCAAAAGCAUUACAAAGCAAUUCUCACAAUAUAUAGAUAUUUUUCUUUUGUAUUUUUGGCUAUAACUUUUGAACAGGUAAAAGUAACAAAAUCUGUUGCAACAUCUGUUAAAACCUGUCAUGUUAAGUAUCUUUUUAUGGGAGAAGUUGUGUAUAGAAUACAAGGUUUUCAGGAAGAACUAAUUUAUAUCUUUUUAUAAAUCUCAAUUUUUUCAAAAGCUAUAUAUUGUUUGAAAGCGUAUCUUUUUGUUAUUAGAAAGAGGAAUAAUUUAAUAAAAAGAUUACUGAUACCUUAAUUAGAACAAUCGAAUAUAUAUUUUAUUAAGAAAAUAAAUUUCCUACAUUCAGUAUAUAUUAAAAUUAACAAAAAAUGAGCAAUAUUUAGGAUUAUUUCAACAUGAGUAUAUAUAAUUUAAACUUUUACAAAAUGAAAGCACUUUGUCACCAUAAAUAUUAAAGAGCAUCUUUUUAAAAUCAUGUUAUCGAAACUGAGAGAGAGUUUUUGUAAUGACAAAUUUUAAUAAUUUAGGAUUAUUAAAAAUGUCAUGAAAUGCAUUACAUGGUUUUUACAUGAAAUUAUACUUGCAAUAAUGAUAGGAUUGAAAAAAUUAUGUCAAUACACUUUGUUGUUGCCCCCUUUCGAUUAUUGUCUUUAUUCUUGUAUUGCUGUUUGUUUAUUUUUUGUUUAUUUGCUUGUUUGUGCUCUUUUUACUAAUACUUCUAAAUUGUAUUUGAAGAUGGCAAGUGUGAUGACUUAAUUUGCAAUUAACUAAAUUAAGUUUCUUGUAAUUAAAUUUUAUCUCGAACUCUGUACAAGACCUACUUUUAAACUGAAUAUAACAUGGCUCUCAUUAAUUUAUUGUCAUAAAUGACUAAAGUGUCUAUUUUUAUUAAUCGCCAUUUUUAUUAAUCAAGGAUUUUUGUGUUUUGUUCAAUUACACAGACUGCUUACGCCACUUUUUUAAACAUUAAUUUAAAAAUAUCAUUAACUUAUUUAGGCUUCAAAUUAGAAAUAUAAAGUCAGUCUUUAAAAAUUUGAUUACUGUAAAGAAGAAAAUGUGUUUGCAGCUAGGAGCACUAUAGCCCACUUUCCAUUGAUCCAAUGUUAUUGGUUAUUUUAUUGUAACAACCAUUAUGGAAUAAGGAAAUUUACUGUAAACGAUGGAUGAAAAAAUGGCAGUUGCAGUUCUGACAUUUUCAUAAAAUGAUUUGCAAAGACAGCAUUUCUAUUUCAAAAUUGUUAAUUGUGUCCUGCUAAUUUGAACGCUGCCUUUGCAGAGAAAGAUCAUGGCUGAGCAUAUUGAGAUUGAAUUUGUGCCUAAGUGGAAACUCCCCAUGUUUUCUUACAAAGUUUUUUAUUCUAAAUUAUACAUUUCAAAUUUACAAAUUAUAUAAAUAUUUUAAAUGUUUUUUUUUUCAUUCUGGCAGCUCACAAGGAUAAUAACUUGCAAAGUAUGCAGAGGGUAACUAAACAUCAUAUUUUAUAAAUCUUUUGCUCAAAUCUGCUUGAGAAGUAUGUAAAUAUCUAUCACACUUCAAGCAUUGUGAUUUAAAAUGUUUUUGUGUUAAAAUCAGGAGGAGAAAUUAUCUAGUGUUCAUGGUGCAAAACUUUGCGUGUGUAAAGUUGCUGUAGUCAGUUUUCUUUCCUUUUCCUUUUUUCUUGACAGCUGAGUACUUAAAAGUACCUGAAAACAUGCUAAUCAGGAUGAAUGAUCUACAGCUUAUUAUUUUUUUAUUCAAGUGUUCUCUGUCUAAACUUCUUGUAAGUUGCCAUAGUGAAAGUUAAAAAAUGUCCAUUGAAACUUUGGUUAUAAUUUUCGAAACUUUUGAAUCAAGAAAAUUCAUCCAAGUGUUUCAGAGUAUAUAAUGAUAAUACUUUUAUAUAUUCUGCAGUUGUUUAAAUGAUGUUUGCAAGUCAAAAAUGUAACUUAAAUGUGGAUUUUUAUGUUUAAAAAUGGUUAAAAGAAUUUCCAGACAGCUUCCAGUUGACUCCUUGCCGCCUCCAGCUGCUGAGCGUGUAAAGUUCAUUCUUGGUGGUGAUCAUGAAGAAGAAAAGGUUGUUCAUGAGAAUCCUCAUUUGUUUACUGAACUGGAAGAAUUAUUUGUGUGCGUAGAUGGUAAUAUUGAAUGGAAAGAAACAGCUAGAUGGUAUAAAUAUGAAGAGGAUGUUGAGGAGGGUGGUGAUAGGUGGAGCAAACCUCACGUUGCCACAUUAUCCUUGUACAGUUUGUUGGAGUUGCGAAGCUCUUUAAUGGCUGGAACAGUUAUUUUAGACUUGGAUGCCACCACUCUAUCAGACAUAGCAGACCUAGUUUUAGACAACUUGGUGACAUGUAACAAGCUUGAAGAAAUAUUCCGUGUAAAAGUUCGAGAGACACUUCUUCGCAAGCAUCAUCAUCAAAGAAAUACUGGUUUUAGACGAAAUUUGAGUAAUAUUUUAAGUAGUAGGAAAUCUCUAAACAUGCUACACCAAAGUGCUUCAUACAAAUUAAACAACAGAGACAGCUCUAAUGGCACAGCCAGCGUAACUUCGUCAAAUGGACAUGCAAAAAAUGACAGUAUGCUUAAAUUAGAUGGUCCAUCUGUUGCUCCUUCAGAAACAAAAGCAAAACUUCUGCGUAACUGUUCGCAACCAACAUUUUCAUCAACAAAGCCAGUCUCAUUCCAAAAGUUGAACACAGGACAAGGUCAUCUUGUUUAUCCAAGCCCUUCAAAUUUAUUAGAAGAUGAUACAAAUGAAAAGGUGCCUGGUUUCAUGAAGAAGUUACCUCCAAACUCUGAAGCUUCCAAUAUAUUAGUAGGGGAAGUGGAUUUUCUGGAAAAGCCAAUUACUGCAUUUGUGCGUCUAGCUACAAGCUCUGUAAUAGGAGAUUUAACUGAGGUGCCCAUUCCAACAAGGUUUUUAUUUGUCAUGCUGGGGCCAGGAAUUUCACCCGGAAGGUAUCAUGAGAUUGGCCGGGCUAUUUCAACAUUAAUGGCUGACGAGGUUUUUCAUGAAGUGGCUUACAGAGCAAAAUCAAGAGAAGAUCUUAUAGCUGGCAUAGAUGAGUUCUUAGAACAAGUUACUGUUCUUCCACCUGGUGAAUGGGACCCAUCCAUUAGAAUCGAUCCACCUGCUAAUGGGUGUGCCAAGAUAUCAAGGAGAGUGAUGACAGAAAUCAAGCACGUUGAGUCUGCAGUUGAACAACAAGCGAGCGGAGCUUCAGAAAAUGGAGAAUCGACUGAAGGAGAAGCAUCAAAUAUUUUUUAUUCAAAUAAAGUGUUUGGCGGUUUACUUACAGAUUUCCGCACAUGGAGAUUAAACAAGCGAGAUAUACUUGAUGGUUGCAAUUUAAAGUGUUUAGGAGCUGUAUUUCUUAUUUAUUUUUCAUUACUUGGUUUUGUAAUGACUGUUGGGAAGCAUCAAAAGAACUCAUCUGGUGGAUAUCUAGGUGAGAGAGAACAUUUACUAUCACUAGCCAUGAUAGGACUUCCGUUCUCGCUGUUUAGCGGUCAACCGUUAUUGGUUAUGAGUUUCACCUUACCUUUAUCACUGUUUGACAGCUUACUCUACAAACUAUGCACAGCUCAUAAUAUUGACUAUCUGCCGCUACGUUUAUGGGUCGGCAUAUGGACCAUGUUACUAUUGUUCCUAUAUGUAACUUUCAACGUGUCGAAAUACGUUUACUAUUUAACACGGUUUACGCUAGAAAUAUUUAUUGUUUUAUCACCGCUGGUUUUGCUUGGGUAUGGCUUUUUCCACCUGUGUAAGAUGCUUCACAAGUUUACUGGCACCGCUGGUUUGUUUACAAAUCAAAGUUGUUCGUGUGUAGAGUAUAUAACAACAAAUGUCACGAACGGAAGCAUAGCUUUUAAACAAAUCAUUCAGCAUAGCAACCUUCGCGAAUGUAAUUUAAAUGGCUGGAGUUUAGUUGGCGAAGGGUGUGGUCACGAUGUUGUACCUUAUACUAUUGUCCUUACUGUGUCCACUGUUUUAUUGGUGAUGUUCUUUUCGUCGAUACAGCAUUUCGGAUAUUUGCCAAGUAAAUUACAUCAAUUGUUUCAUGACAUGGCUAUACUGAUUACAAUUCUAAUCAUAUCAGCUAUAGCAUACCAAUUCGACGUGAACAUUUCUUAUGUGAUGGUACCCAAAGGCUAUGAACCAACAGUUCGUGAUACAUGGUUUGUUUCUCCUCUGGGUGGAAACCAACUGUGGAUUAUUCUGCUGGCUUUCAUCCCAGCAGUAUUUCUCUCUUUGCUGAUAUUUGUUGAGCAGCAAGUAACAGCUUGUUGUAUCAAUCACAAAAAUAAAUUCUUAAAGAAAGGGUUUCGGUACCACUUAGACUUGUUGGUAGUGUUGUUUGGAGUGGGCGUUUCUUCGAUAUUCGGUCUUCCAUUCAGUGUAGCGUCAGUUGUAUUGUCGGUGAAUCACGUUCGCGCGUUGAAGGAUAAACAUCUGGAUGAAGAUUUAGCUGGCUUUUCCACCACUAUCAGGGAACAAAGAUUGACGUCACUGUUGGUUUAUAUUUUGAUCGCUCUUACUCCAAUUAUGCGACCUCUGUUGAGCUAUGUACCGGUGUCUGCGUUGUAUGGUAUUUUAAUAUUGGUUCUAUGCAGGACGUUUCUUGGUGUACAGUUUGCGAAACGUGUGACGCUGUUGUUCAUUCGUGAGGAACAACAGCCAGAUCUCGUUUACCUGCGUCAGGUACCACUCAUUAGCGUCAACAUCAUGACUAUAGUGCAAGUGAUCGGCUUGUUGUGUUGUGUAGCACUGCGCGCAACGCUUGGUGCUGUUGUUUUCCCAUUUAUGGUGUUUCUGCUGGCAGUUGCAAGAUCAUUACUGGAACUUCUUUUGCCGUUGCGUGAUAUUCUUGUGCUGGAUGAACCGAUGUUGAAAUUUCCACCGCGAUCUAAAAAAUCAGAGAGCAACAGUAAUUUGAUAACUCAAGUAGAAACUGGAGACUUACUAGAUGGUGAAGAGAAACAGAAAGAGGUUCUUCUUGGUCGUAACAGAGGCCUGGAACGAGUAAAUAUUUCGGAGGAGCUAACUAAAACGGCCGCGUGGAAACAACUAACCUACGAGAACAGCUAUUCACCUUAUGGUACGUCACCUCAAGACGAUUCUAUGGAUGGGAAGAAAAGAAGAAGAAAGAGAAGCCGUGAUCAUAGUAAACAGAAAGAUAUUUCGCUUAAGUUAGAUUUUAAACAAAUUUACGUCGGUCAGUCUGAAGAUUGUAUAACUCUGACCCGUCCUAGUGACGAGGAUCAAAACGUUAGGGAUUCUAACGAUCGAUUUUUGUCACAGCGACAGUCAAACAAUCGAAAUUCUUCUAAGAGACACGAUCCAUUAAAAAGACAAUCGUCUCACGACCGUAAGCGGAAAACGAUGAAAGAAAAACCACAAACGUUUGAAGCAGCUCCUCUUCCGCCAUGGGAGCAACCAUAUCAUUCACCUCCGACAAAGGACUUUGGCCGACUAAAAAUACCGGAAGACGACUUAAGUAUUGAUCCGGCAUGUUCUCGAAGUGAUUCUGCAAAAUCAUACUCCAACAAUGGCUCCAAUGCACCAUCUGUGACUAACUCGAUCGAGCAUUCUAGGACUAACAGUCUUGACGAAUUAAGUUACACAAAACCAUUCUAUACUGAUUAUUCAAGAGACGCCAGCUCUGAAGAUGAUGCCUAAUAAUAAUUAUAACGCGUGUUGCCGUCUAUUGGAUCAAGUUCGAGCACUACACUACUUGUUCGCGCACCACAUGUUCACCGUUUUUUCUUGUCUUCGGUAGCGGAAAAAGGUUUUCCAAGCGUUUCUGCUGUAACGCUUCGAAGGAAUUGAUUCGUUCGGUUAUUUUUGUGUAGAUUGAAAUAAAAUUAGUUCUAUUAUUUCUAAA